AUGUCUACCUUUUGUGGAAAAUUAGAAGAUAAGGAAUUAUCAUUCAUUGGCAUUGAUUCUUUUGAGUCACAUCUUCUGAAUUGUUCUAUUUUUAUGUUGUCUCAUAUUCAUAAAGACCACAUGCGUGGAAUUCAAGAUCAUUCUUUUCAAGUGACAUUCAAUAAUACUAAAAACAUGAUGCUUUAUACAUCACCGUUGACAAUAACAUUUUUAAAACGAAACAAAACCAUUAAUCUUAGAGAAGAUAAACUUAUAUCUCUUGAAAUUGGUUUCCCUAAUUUAUUGAAAGUAUAUUCUGAUAUUUUUGAAUACAUUUGUGUGACUCUCUUACCAGCUGGACAUUGUCCAGGAUCAGUCAUGUUUUUAAUUGCUGGUGCACAUCACAUUUUAUAUACUGGAGAUUUCCAAAUACAAUUACAAGAUUUCAAACUAUUUAAACCACUUUUGAUAAAUAAUGAAGGUAGUCGUGGUCCAAAGAAUAUAUCUGCUUUGUAUUUAGACACUACUUUUGCAUCAAAAAAAUAUUAUGAAUUUCUAAUGAGAAAAGAGAGUAGUGCUAACUUGAUAAAAGUAUUUGAAGAAUGGUUACAUCAAGACCUUAAUAAUAAAAUUUGUUUGUGAAUGCCUGGAUAUAUAGGUAUAGAAUAUGCCAUAAUUGAAGUUGCCAAACAUUUCAAAUGCUCUGUUCAUGUGCAUAAACAAAAAUACGAAGAAUCGUAUAGUUCAAUAGCAGAAUUAGACAACUUUGUAACUCCAAUUUAUACUAAUAAUAGAAUACAUGCAUGUUCAAAAAAUGAAUGUGACACUGAUAAUAUUAACUGUAUGGAAUUAAAUAAAAAUGUUAAAUGUGUACAUAUUAAUGCCCUAGCAUUUACUAAAGAUGUGAUAAACACUGGGGGUCAUGGAAUUGUUAAAAAUAAUAUAACCAGAGUUUGUUAUUCUAGCCAUCCUAGUUGUAAGGAAUUAAGAGAAAUUGUCAAGUUCCUUAAUACAGAAAAAUUAUAUUUUAUUGUAAUAGUUAAUCAAACACAUAAAGAGAUAUAUGAUAUUUUAACCGAAAAUAAUUGGACUCCUAGGGCAGUAAAGGAAGAUAUUAUAGAAAAUCUAAAAGUGGUUUUAAAACUCUCCAAUAAAUUUAAAAACAAUCUAAAUAGAACAGAAGUUUUAAACAAAAGACCAAGACUUGAAUCUCCUGAAAGAGAAUGA